GACUCGGCUCUCUCUCAGAGAGGCAGUGUUCUGGUUCACUGUCUCGCUGGAAUCUCUCGCUCCCGCUGUUGUCAUGGUCGCUUACAUCAUGAGGCACCGCAGCCUGCCAUUGGACGAUGCGUACAGGUUUGUUAAGGAGCGUCGACCCUCCAUCUCCCCCCAACUUGAACUUCCUCGGACAGCUGCAAGAAUUCCAGAGCGCCUUGGCGCUGGAGAGAGAGAACGAGGAGGAGAGGAGAGAGGGAGAGGAGAGGAGAGACUACGACUACAGCAGCAGCAGCCGCGGAGACAGAGCGCAGCUAGAUCUGUGUAUCGUAGCUGAAGAGGGGGAUUGUGGGUUAGAGGAGGACUUCCACAGAGACAGAGCAGAGCUAGAGCUGGGUAUCAGUGUCACCGUAGAAGAGGGGGUUUGUGGGAUAGAGGAGGACUUUCCGAGUGACAGGUCAUUGCUAGAGCUGGAUGAGUGUGUCGUAGCUGAAGAGGGGGAUUGUGGGAUAGAGGAGGACACGCGAGGGAUCAGAGGGGAGGGAGGCAGCGAUUCUGUUUAUAGGAGUUUCAUGAAAAUUUUCAAGUGGGGAGAGAAAGUGCUGCUGAGGUCAUUACUUGGGGCGAAAUCAAACCCAGAGAGACAGGAAGUGAGAGGCGGGGGCAGACAGGAAGUGGGAGGGGCCUCUCCUCCCCCGUUCGUUCUGAGCAUGCCCGCCUGCAAGCACCGAGUCUUCACACAGCGCCACCUAGCGGCCAGUGGUGAGAAGUCAUGCAAAAUCAGAAGAGACUGAGAGAGAAAGUCAAGUUAGCAGAGAAACGUUUUAAAUGCCUUCAUCAUCCAGAACUUCACUGGAUCAGAAACUCCAAACCAGAAGAGACUGAGAGAGAAAGUCAAGUUAGCAGAGAAACGUUUUAAUGCCUUCGUCAUCCAGAACUUCACUGAUCAGAAACUCCAAACCAGAAGAGACCGAGAGAGAAAGUCAAGUUAGUAGAGAAACGUUUUAAUGCCUUCGUCAUCCAGAACUUCACUGGAUCAGAAACUCCAAACCAGAAGAGACUGAGAGAGAAAGUCAAGUUAGCAGAAAAACGUUUUAAUGCCUUCGUCAUCCAGAACUUCACUGGAUCAGAACCUCCAAACCAGAAGAGACCUGAGAGAGAAAGUCAAGUUAGCAGAGAAACGUUUUAAUGCCUUCGUCAUCCAGAACUUCACUGGAUCAGAAACUCCAAACCAGAAUUCAGGUCUGAAUACUUUAUCUAGUCUUUGUCUGUAUAUCUACAUCUAUCUAUAUAUACACUUGUAAAGAAUUGUAUUUAUGGUGCGAUAAUAAAUCAAUGAGAUAAAACUGGCAUGCAAUGGGACUCUAUAUAAUGUAUUAUUAUUAUUAUUUGUUUAUUUAGCAGACAUCUUUAUCCAAGGCGACUUACAGAGACUAGGGCGUGUGAACUAUGCAUCAGUUGCAGAGUCACUUACAACUACGUCUCACCCAAAAGACGGAGCACAAGGAGGUUAAGUGACUCGCUCAGGGUCACACAAUGAGUCAGUGGCUGAGGUGGGAUUUGAACCGGGGACCUCCUGGUUACAAGCCCUUUUCUUUAACCACUGGACCACACAGCCUCCUGUGCUGUGUGGUCCAGUGAGGGGAUAGAUUUUGCAUUGGUUAAAGAAAAUCUAUCCCCUCACUCUCCACACACUGUGCCUCGACUCUCAACCCCAAAUCAAAUACCUUCAAAAAAUACGAAAUAAAAACAGUAAAUAAAGA